AUGUAUUCAGUUCGUGGAGGAAAACUUAAUUUAAAAGGUACUGAUGAUGAUUCUUCACGUACAAAGAAACGAAAGAAGCAUUCAUCUUCAUCAUCAUCGUCGUCAUCGAAAAAACAAAAACCAAUUAUUGAUAAUGAUGAAGAUGAUGGUGAACAAGAUUAUGUUCAACAUGAUGGUUGGUGGAAAGUAACAAAAUUUCAUGAAAUUAAUGGCAAUAUUGCUAUUGAAUUUGGUACAAAUAGUUAUGUUCAUUCAUUAGAUAAUGGUCUAUUUUGUGUUGGUCCAACACGACCAUUUGGCGAAGGACCUGAACAACAACAAAUUUUAACAGCAAUUCGAACAUCAGAAAAUAAAAUUGCAUUAAAAUCUGGUUUUGGUAAAUAUUUAGCAAUUAAUAAAAAUGGUUUAGUUAUUGGUCGAUCAGAUGCUAUUGGAAUGCGUGAACAUUUUGAACCAGUUUUUGAAAAUGGAAAUUUAGCAUUAUCAGCAAGUAAUAAUAAAUUUAUUCGUUUUAAUGAUGAAGGUGAUCUUGUUGCACUGGAUGAUAGUGCAACUGAAGCAAAUUUUAUACAAAUACGAUCAAAUGCUAAACGUAUACAUGAAAAAGAUAAACGACAAAAAGAAUUACCUAUUGAAGAACAAGGUUCUAUUCAAGAUACAGAAAUGAAUUAUGUUAAAAAAUUUCAAAAAUUUCAAGAUAAAAAAUUACGAAUCAAUCCAGGAGCUGUUAAUGAAUUGGUUAAUGCAAAGAACAGUGGUGCAUUACAUGAAGCUUUACUUGAUAGACGUGAACAAAUGAAAUCUGAUCGUUAUUGUAAAUAA